GAGACGGAAAAGCGACAGGAAGAAGAUAUUCUGUUAAAAAUCGCCCCGUGACGACUUUAGUUGAAAAUAAUUCUUUUAAGUGACACAAUGGCGGAUCAGAACGAGAGGGCAUUCCAGCGUCAGCCGACAGUCUUUCUGAAUCGGAAAAAGGGCGCUGGCCCCAAAAGGCGUAAAUCCUUACGUUACUACCGAGAAGUGGGGCUCGGCUUCAAAACCCCCAGAGAGGCCAUAGAGGGUUCAUACAUUGACAAGAAAUGCCCUUUCACUGGUAACGUUUCAAUCAGAGGUCGUAUCCUAACCGGCGUUGUACAGAAGAUGAAGAUGCAACGUACCAUCGUCAUCCGACGCGACUACUUGCAUUAUAUCAGGAAAUAUAAUCGGUUUGAGAAGAGACAUAGGAAUAUGUCAGUACAUUUAUCACCUUGCUUCAGGGAUGUUGAAAUUGGAGAUGUUGUGACCAUUGGAGAAUGCAGGCCAUUAUCAAAGACAGUGAGGUUCAACGUCUUAAAGGUCACCAAGGGAAGUAGUUCAAAGAAGAGUUUCAAGAAGUUUUAAGUAUGUCUAUAAAAAUAAAUUUUUUCUAAGUUGAUACAAUGUUUCUUUGAAUCACUCCUCAACCAAUAGCUACAGAUAAAACCCUGGUAUUUUGAACAG